UGUUUCAUUUUAGAUUUAGAUCACUUCUCUUUGGACAAUAAUACGCAUCUAUUAAUCAACUAUUGUCAAGUUUUACUCAUUUCGUGUUUGAUAAACUUAAAAAUUAUGGCAAAAUCUACGAUUUUUGUAUUAUUUGCUUUGUGCUCAACCAUACUUGCUUUACCACUCACUGGAAAGAGUACUUGGGGACUUGGUGAUAUUGAAUACACUUAUUCAAUUGGCUUUGAAAUCGGGCAAAUGAAUUCCCAAGUUGGUCCAUUCUCUUUGGCCGUUUCGAUACUUAAAAAAUUUGGCGAAAGUACAUAUGCUUGUGAUACAAUACAUGGAUUGAACGGAUCUACGACCUUUACAGGUUUUUCAACCCACAACUAUACGGUAAAAACUUUGAUGGCAUUCAGUGACGCUGAUGCGAUUUCCUUCGAUUGGGGAGACAGGGUCAGGUUCAAUAGAAAUAUUGACGAUGUUAACAUUCAGACUGCUUAUUUGACUGAAAUUGCACCAAACCAUUUAAAUAUUACCAAGAAAUAUUGUAGAACUGAUAUCUAUCCACAAAACCUUGGUGGUAAUUUGGGUAGAGUAACCCUAUCUUUGUGUUAAAAGCAAUCCAUUUGAUUUGAAGCUGAUGAAUACUGCAAGACUACACGAAAUUGAAUUUAUACACGAUUUAUCCAAUUAAAAAAUAAAAGUUUAAUUUAAUAAUCAA